UUUUUUUUUAUUUAGUAUAGUGGAAAGUGUGUUUGAAAUCUUGGAUAUUGGGUUAGCUUUUUAGAGGAAUUCGUUUUUUGGAAGCUUGGGAUUUGCAAAAAUGCGUACAAUGCCGCCUUACACAAUACUCACGCUUCUCCUGAUAAUACCAGCAACCAUAUCAAAAUCAGUAAAAUCAAAUGCGCGCCCAGUCCAUGAAAUCAUUAAUGAACAAUCCAGAAUAGACGAAAAGAAACUCAGCAGCCCAGGCUUUCUACCUUAUGGCAACCCUUUAGCAGGCAACUCUCAACAAAAUGCUAGACUACAUGCGCAGAAUCAACAAGCUAUGUUCAACGCAGAAAGAAUAAGGCAACACAGAGCUCAAGUCCAAAGAUGGACACAAGCCCCGAUACAGAUGGACAGCUAUAUGAAAGCUUAUCACGAAUCACAAGAGAGCCAUCAACUAGCUUUAGAACAACAGCAAGCGAAGCUAAGAGACGCUAAAGUAAUAGUUACUACUCCUAAAUCUAGACAAACAGAAUAUAAGAGUAGAAGACAAGAGAAAAGAGUAGAACCUAAAAGAGUUGAAAGAAUCAGACUCCAAAGUCCAGAGCCUACGAAGAUUACUAAAGCUGAUGCGAUUAUAAAGGAGAGAAGCAGGAACCAUAGGUCACAUGGUUCACUAGAUCUCCAAUAUCAGCAAUAUCUUCAACCAAAAAGGUACCAGACUGUCUAUAUUUCACCAGGACCUACUUAUGAUCAAGGAGUAACCAUCAAACCUAAUGGUAAUGUUGGUCUAAAACACUAUCAAGCUACGCAUGAAAGUAAGUUAUAUACAGAGGCCAUACCAAACACGGAGAAGCCUAUUUAUCCUAAGCAAUAUCAUCAAAUGCAAGAGUAUCAAUCUGCUCAAGAUAUUGAUGCAUUAAAAUCACUACUGAAAACUAACUCUAAAGAUCAACAAUUAUCUGGAGUAAACGCUUUAAUUGUAUCAGGAAACCAAAACAAAGAAGAAGAAGAAAAGCACAAAAAUCUGGAGACGCCGAUAGAUCUAUAUUUCUACUUAAAAGAUGCUCCAAACCCAAAUCUAGCACAGCAGUAUGAUCAUACAAAAUAUGUCCAAAUACCACAAUAUGCUAGCGCUUAUAUGCCUGAACCUGUAGUCAAGGAUCAUAAACCUAUAACUGAGCAAGUAGACGAUAUUGAAGACCCUAAUAAACACAGAGCAAACCUUAUCAGACCUUAUGGAGUACAACCUAUUGUAACCCCAGCGCCUGCCGCACAAGAUACAACCACAACUAAAAGCAACAAUUAUUAUAAAGUCGAAGUAGCCAGUCAGACUAUUUCCUCAGGACUCAAGUAUAGGGAGCCCGAUUAUUACGUAAAUGAAGAUUCAGCUAAACCAAGUCAGCAGGCGUUAGAAUAUUAUGGGACACAGUCAGACGAGAGCGACCAAAGCGAAAGAUAUCUUCAUCACAACGCGCAACACACAGGUGUCCAACAUUUGACAGGAGAUGGCACAGGAGUGUCUGCAUACGGCGAUGAUAGUCUCCAUUACGCUGCCAACUAUGAGUUCGGGUACAGAGUUCGCGACCACCACAGCGGCAACGAUUUCGGCCACCAAGAGGCCAAACACGGUGAGAACACCAACGGAGCCUACCAUGUGCUCCUGCCAGAUGGACGAAUGCAGAAAGUCCGGUAUUCAGCCGGUCCGGAGGGCUUCCAUGCUGAUAUCUCGUAUGAUCAUUUGCAGUACAAACAUUAAGUUCAUACACAACAUUAGAUUAUGUGGACAU